CCGAGCAGAAUAACAUCUCAUUAAGCGAUCCUGCGAGGAAGACCUCUUCUUGUAUACUGUAUCUAUACUCUCCGUCUCGCAAAAGUGUAUACGCGGUCCUAUCUUUCUUCGGGGGUACUACUACUCCAAAAAUAUCGGAAUACGCAAUUUUCCUGCCUGGUGUCCGGACCUGGUGUUCUAGUGCGUUUUCGGCGGAUUUGUUUCGAACUGUGCCGAUUGUUUCGGGAAUGUGCGAAGAUUGGAACUUGUUACGUCGUCUGUCUGUCGUGGCCGCGCCGUAGUUUUCGUUCGCGUAGUCGUCGCCGUAGAUUCGUCUGUCUACCGGAGAGUUAGGGAAGGUCCAGUCCGGAAAGAUUGGUUCCCCUUUUCGGUGUCCCGGUGGCCUUCGGUUGACUUGUGCAUUGGUCGUGGAUUCUGUGGGGAAAGUGAUUUGUUGGACCCAAAAUAAGUGCGGAAAUUGUCUUUUUUUCUCGUGUGUAGACAGCGAGUGUUUUCGGGGUUUGAGGAGGAAAAUAAGUCUUAGGGAAAAAAGAAGAAGGCGAAUGGUCUAGUGGUGGGUAAUGAGCAGUGGGGUGGAAGCAGAUUUUCUCUUGUGUUGGGUUCGGUGUGGGAAAAGUAAUUUUUGUACUAAGCGGUUUUCCUGAUUUGGUGUGAGUGUAUGUAUGGAUCGUGCGGAAAAAUUCAAUUGAUUUUUCAUAGUUUUUUUUUUUUUGGUUUGUGGUGGCGUAUGUGAAAAUAUUUUGGAUUUCACGGCGCCCAGACUUGUAGCGGCGAAGAGUGUGUGUGCGAGUAUGCGUGGGAUCCAAUGUUUGUGUUGCAAUGCAUCGAAGCAUUGUUGCCAACGAGAUGGUAGCAUUCCAGAAGAUUCCUGUUUGGCAACACUGCAAAAGAACAUAAUAUUUUGAUGUUGAUAUUAUGCAGUUUGUUUGCAUUUCAAAAUUGAUAGUAAAUAAUAUAUGUUUAUAUUCUUAACGCUUCCAUGUUUGGCAACACUGCUUUAAGAAAAUAUUUUGUAUUCUAAUUUGAAUAGAUAAUCGCCUUAAUGUUGGUUAAACAACACCAACAAAAACAAAACUACCGAAAACAGAAAGACUCCCACUUGGUGUCACCAACAGUGUGCUGAUAUUUUCAACCUUGACAAACUUUUCUUCGACUGUGCAAAAAGGAGAAAAAAUCGGAAAGACCGAUCCUACUAAACCAUUGAUGUGAAUCGCAAAGCGGAAAAAAGUGUUACCCGUGUCAGAGUUUGGUUUUGUUUUCUGUUCUGUGACAAGUGUGUGUUUACCUUCGAUGCUUUCGAUAGCAAGAAUCCAGUUGGAAGGCUCUAUCAUGUGUCAUAAAAGUGCAGAAUAAUCAGUGUACGAGAAGAUUCGAAAAUAAAAGCUUGGUGAAAGGAAAAUUGGGUUGCUGAUUUGAUUUUAUUUGUGGUUCCGAAUGUAAGGCUUAGUCUGUUUCAUAAACAAGCGAGUGAGGAUUUCUCCAACUUUUCCUGUGGAAUAGCAUGCAAAUAAACCGCAAAGGUGGCUGGCGUAUCAGCGACCACGGAGCGAUUAACAGCUCCCCCGGCACCUCCCCAGGGCCACUCGCCCCAUCAACUCUUAGAUGAGCCCCACAUGUCCAUUGCUGCGGCUGAAAAUGCAGGGCUUGGCCCAUGUGAACUUCCCCUGCCGGACCAUUGGCUCGUCCAUACUCAGCUCUCACAGUCGUCGUCUCAGUCAUCAUCGUCACAACCGCAGUUUUCAGCAGUGCCAUCGCCGGCCAUCGUCGUCGGAGGCCCCAGCAACAGUUUGGGAUUGGGUGGACUGCCGCCAGCACUGCCACUACAACAGUCAUCAUCAUCAUCAUCGUCGUCUUCUCAGCAUCAGCAGCCGCAGCAACAUUCCACCAGUCCCCACCAGCUACCGUCAGCAUCACAGCAACAGCAACUGCAGCCGAAAAUAAUGAACGCGGUAGUUCCGGCCGUGUCGGUUCCGGCAGCAAACAAAAAAAUUCGAAGAAAACCAGAUACUAAGCCACAGUCGCAAAUCAACAAGUGCAACAACGAGAAACGUCGCCGGGAGCUGGAGAAUGAAUACAUCGAGCAGCUCGGCGAGUUUCUACAGAUCAACAAGCGGGAUAUGACCGCUUGCAAGCCGGACAAAGCAGCGAUACUCAGUGAAGUGGUGAAAACGUUUCGUCGCUUAUUGGAGCAGGGCAACCGGGAUCUGACCGGGUCGAACCGCUGCUCCAAGUGUUCGCCCGACUGCAGCGACUCCUGCAAGCUGCACCCGGUUCAGCAGGGUGAGGUGUCCUCAACCGAGCCCCCACUGCCGGAACCGUCCGUCAACGGACACUCGCCGGAAAAGUCGGCCUAUUUCGAGGCGGUCAAGUACUACAUCUCUAACGUCGGCUGGGUCCUGCUCGAGAUCAACUCGGAGGGCGUCAUCGAGUGUGCCACCGACAACGUGCUGGACGUGCUGCACUACACCCGUACCGAGCUGCACGGCCAGUCCAUCUAUUCGUACCUGCAUACUGGUGAUCAUUCAAAAUUGAGUCCUAUUUUAAAUAAGAAUUCGUUUGAGCUAAACUGGGAUCAAAAUGAGUUUCUACAACCACCAAAGCGAACGAUCCGAACGAAAAUUCGCUGGCUUCUGAAGGCACCGGAGAGCGCCAACGAUACGAUCGAACAGAAACAGCAACGCCAGGAGAAGUACAAGGACCUACUCAUCAUCUCCGCUCCCGUUAAGGAUGAUACGGACGCCGAGUCGUCGUCAGUGCUUUGUCUAAUCACACUACCAGAGGACGAACAUCAUCAGGGCCCCGCCAUAGAGAGCCACACUAUGCCACAGACGCUGGACGAGCAGCUGACGCUCAAGCUGGACAUGACUGGCACCGUCAUAGACUUCGAUGCGGCGACGCUGAGGAAACAAUUCACGGAAUUUCUUACCAAAGAGACUGUACGGUCAAUCCACGAUCUCUGCCACUUCCAGGAUCGGCCUCGGUUGAACGAACACCUUCAGAAUGUGAUGAACGCGAACGGUGCGGCCCAGGUGUCGUCGUACCGGUUGCGCCUCGGAGGUCCGGACGUGUACGUGCACGUCAAGGCCCAGACGAGAUUAUUCCGCAACAACAAACCAAACGAGCCGGACUUUAUAAUGGCCAUCCACACGAUCCUGAACGACAACGAGGUGGCCAUGGUGGAGAGUGGGCUGAACAACCCGUCCUCGUCUUCGUCGUCCAGUCUGGCGAUCCCUAGUACGAGUAGCGGAGCUGGCGGCAGUAGUACAGCCCGUCAAAUGCAGCAGAUCACCCAAGGAGUCAGCAACAUGGGUGGCCCGUUGAUGUCCAGUAUACUGAACGGAAGCGGGAACAGCGCCGGUGUCGGAGGACCCAGUGGCCUUCAGGGAGCGUUGGGAUCGGUAGUUUCACCCAGAAGUAGUAACCUGAGUUCGUCCCUCAUAUGCCAUCAGUCAUCGGACGGUUCAGGUUUCUUCCCGUCGGAGUUUGAGUUCGAAUUUCCACAUUCCACUUACGACAUGGAGUCGGUUGGGGUCGCCUGGGACUCGAGGCCCGACUCGCGAACUAGUGUUACGCCCGUCAGUACUCCGCGGCCUCCUUCGGUAACGGCGUACAGCCCAGCUGCGGCUCCCAUGUGUCCCUCGCCUCUGACUCCGUACCACGCCAGCAGUGCCGGAGGUCAACCGUCUCCCUCGAACAACAACACCAAUCAGCAGGUUAACAAUAACAAUAACAACAACAGUAUGACCAACAACAACGCCGGUCUGUUCGGAGGCUUCCAGUGUCAGUUUGACGACAAGGAGAAGGUUCAGGAACAGAUCCAACAACAGCAGCAGCAACUUCAGCAACAGCAGCAGCAGCACCAACAACAGCAGCAGCACCAGCAACAGAUGGCCUCACACGACUCAGAGCGAUUGCGAAAUCUACUGACAACCAAACGACCUCACUCCAAUGCCUCGUCCUCGUCCGGGAUGGAUAUGGACCAUGACCACCGGAAUCCGAAUCGGAUUUUGAAGGGCUUGCUAAAUUCCGAAGAAGAUAAGGAUAGUAAUGGAAAUAAAUUAAGUACCACAACUCUUUCACAACGUUUACCUCAGUCAGUUAGAGCCCAUCAGUCGCAAGGUGGCGCUGUUGGUGGCGGUGGUGGUGGUGGAGGUGGUGUUGGUGUCAGUGCUGGCUUAGGGGGCACCCGGCCAGGCACCGACCACAAGUCUGGUAGCAAUAAUAUGCUAUUGCAGCUGCUAAAUGAUAAGAGCGACGACGACGAUGCAGAGACGCGGAAUCGGCCGAGUGAACUUCUUAGGCAGCUGCAGAAGGUCAAAGAUGAACCCAAGGAACACCCGGCCCCGCUAAACCACGACGAACUGAUCCAGAUGCUGCGCGUGCAGGGUAACGAUCGGAAGCGGCCUUCGAACGAACCGGACGAGGGAGCCGCUGCGAAACGACCCGAUGAUAAACCGUCCAAGUUGCGUGAGAAGAACAAAAUGCUAGCCUCGCUGUUGGCCAACCCGGCCAAAGCCCCGACACAGAUGCUGCCAGGGCACUCGUUGCCGCUCCGUAUCAUCCCCGACAUACCCACCUCGAACGUGUCACGCCAGAUGGGUAGCGUUACGAGCUCGACAGCCCCAAACCAAACCCUGAACAACAACAACCUUACCACUAGUAACAAUAAUCUGAAGCAUGUACAACAUCUGCGAAUGCAGCAACAGCAGCAGAUGCGCAAAUCAGCUAUGCCUUCACCAUCGCAACAGCCACCUACUUCAUCCGAUAUCUACCUCAGCCACCAGCAGCAACAACAAGCCCUGCUUCAGCAGCAGCUGAUCGCCGCUCAACGACAGCAGACCUUUGUUUCGGCAAUCCAAGACUCGGGCAUCGGCUCCGUCGGCAGUGGUCCGUUCGCAACGCCAUCGUCGGCCACUUCCACCACGAGCCAUCCCACGCCCGAGUGGGACCCGGAGCUGAACGAAAUACUUAACCACGUUAUCGACAUUGCACCGGACGUCAGCUUUGCCGAUAGCGAACUCAAUAGUUUCCUAGGUUCCAUCGAGUCAUCGACAUCCACUGCUCCAUCCCAAGCGAGCCAGCAGGACAUCCAAGAAAAGCUGGCCAUCAAUGCGAUUCAGAAAUCGCUGAUGCGAGAAAUCGAGAACGUCACCUCUCCCAUGCAGUACAGCGGAAGUCCUCCAGCAUACCCAAUGCAUGGAAUGGGCUCCGUUGGUUCACCGGCCAGUCAAAUGUCACAGCAAACUCCGGGCACCCCAACAACCCCAAAUCCCAACUUCACGCCGCCUCCUGUCUACCAACCACGGAUGCGCAUGUCUGGGCCAGGAGGACCAAGCGUAGGCCAACUCGGUAAUGGCGCUCCAAGUCCAAGUGCUAUAGCUAUGCAAAAGUUGUCCCAUCAACAGCAGCAGCGAGAGCGAAUACUUCAGGAACAGCAGCGACAGCGGUUGCUCCAACAGCAGAAACAACAACAAAUGGUUGUACCGGUGAAUGCUACAGCUAACGCCGAUCUUAACCUGGGAUUAACUCCAGGUAUGCAGAAUAUCGAAUCGUUACUGAACAAUACCGUUGCGCCAAACGUUUCGCUAACUCGGGCCAACAGCGUUGUACCAGACUCGCAGCUUAGUCCCGGAUUCUCGCCUAGCCAACUGAUGCAACAACAGCUGAGCCCAAAUCAGCGAACGCAACUCAGUCCUCAGCAGACAGCAGGAUUCCAAGGCAACCCCUUCAACAACAACCCCGGCCAUCGGAUGUCCCCUCAACAGCAACAACAACUGGUCGCCGCUGGGUUCCAGCAAGGUAACCCCGGUAGCCAGCAGCUCUCACCUCGACAACCUCCGUUCAACACUUCUCAACAGCUGCCGCCACAGGCCAACGCAGCUGCCCUCCAACAGCAGCAACAGCAGUGGCAGCAGAACGCCCGCCUCUCCAUUCAACAGCAAAACCCCAUGCUCAAUGCUCAACUAUCGACGGUGCCCGGGUUCAAUCCUGGAGCCGCAGCUAGCCGACAAUUCGUAGCGCGACAACGGUCGCUCAACUCACCGGGAACACCCCGGCAGGGUUCGUACGGCAACACGGUGGAUGGUAGCGGGUUCCCAGGACCACCAAGUCCUUCCCAACCCAACGCCGGCGGAGGACCCAACUUCGGAAACCCUGUCUUUGCCAGCCAACAGAUGAGGCUCCAACGACAGGGCAGCGUUCCUCCUCAGGCAACCCAGCAUCUACCAGGAUCGCCACGUCCCUCGUACGGAGGACAUGGACCCGGUCCGGACACUAGUGGCUAUGGGAUGAUGUACAACAAUGCCGCAAUGCAGCAGCCUCAGCAGCACUCGGCGGCAGGCUCACCAGGCGAUUACUUCAAUCGCAGUCAAGCUGGUGGCAACAACGGAGGAGGUGGGCUGGGCACAUCGGAGCACGUCCGGCAGGAGUUGAGGGCAGUGGUCUCGGGUAGGGCACAGAACGCGGCAAGUGGCGGUGUUGGCGGAACGGGCGGCCUGCGAACACCGCAAAGCCCGAUCGGAAUGUCGCCCAUGGGAGGAGGAGGAGGAGGAGUUGGAGUCGGAACCGCCGGUACAGGAUCCGGCAUGGCCGGUGGUGGUGGCGGAGGCGGAGGCGGAGGCGUCGGCAGUGGUGGUGGUGUCAUGACGGGGAUGGGCGGAGUCAACAGCAGUGUUGGCAGUACGAACAGUGCCGGGAUGGGACCGGGUAGCAACGGGUCCGUACUCAGUCCCGGCAUGGGCGGUAUCACAGGGAAUCUAGUUGGUAGUGGUGGCGGUAUGGGGGGAAGCGGUACGGGAUCAACCGGAGUAGGAGGAGGAGGAGGUGGGGGAGGCGGAAAUAGUUCUGGCAACGGAGACGGAAUGCAAACAUCACAGUUACCAGGUACGUCAUCGUUACUCAGCACACCAGGCGACAUCGAUCCGUCAAUGCUAUUCAAUUUUCACCUCGCGCCGAAAGAAUUCUUCGGAGGCAAUACGAGUCGGUGACCCGAAAAAUUCAUCCCUCCUUCUGCAAAAACUUCUGUCGGAUUAAAGUGAUAAAACAAACAAAAGUUGUUCGUACGUGUUUAGGCUUCGUUUUUUAAGACUUUUUUCUAUGAAUCCAUUAAAGGAAAUGUUGUUUUUUGUUUAUUUUUUUUUUUGCGCUGUCCUAAGUUUAAAAUUCGCUACAGAAACUAGAAACUAAAAUUUGUUACAUUGGCUAAACAAAAUAAUGGCAACAAUGUGUUUGUAACAAUUCGAUGGGAAACCGUUUGGCAUUAUUAGGAAAAAAAAUUAGAAAACAAUUGAAAAAAAAUCACUUAAGUUGACCUCCUAACUAUUGAAAUGAAAAAUAUCAAAAAAUUACAAAAAAAAAAACAAAACCGAGAUGUGAUGUGAUGUUUAGGAAGAGGAAUGAAUUAGUGGAAGCCGUCGGAGCGGCUUUAAAACUUGUGGUUAUUGUGCUGUACAUAUUUAGUUACUGUAAAGUAUAAAACCAAGUAUAUAAUUUAAAAAGUAUGUAUACACACACAGAGAGAGUAAGAGAAAGUCGAUAUAAGCUAGAAGAGAAAGAGAAAAGAAAAUAAAUUAAUGAAAACAAAGUAAGGCAAAUAGAAAUACCUCUAACAUUAGUUCAAACUAAUAACAAAAUGAAAACAACAAAAGUGUUAAACCUUAAAAGUGUAUCUAAAUUAACCAAAUAAAGAGAACAAAACAAAUCGAAACGAAAAAUUAAGGAGAAUGGGACGAGAGAACCCGAACCGUACAAACACGUACACACGAAAGAAACAAAUGGACAUUGGUUAGAGAGAAAACGAACGAGCUGCGAUCAGCCUACUGUGUGCUCCUGCACACAGCACACAGAAAUGGGGAAAGCAACGAGUCCGUCACUGCGCGCGGUCUCGAAUCCAAAGACUUGCGAGGAAGAGAGCAAGAAAACAAGAGAGGAUGAAACGUUAGAGAACGAACUGUUGUUAGAGAAACUCCCACAAACCAACGGUUUCGCAUUUAUUAAAAAAAAACGAGCUGGAUAAUACAAAAAAGAGAAAAACUACAAAAAUAAAUGUUAAAAAUCAAUUGACAAAAAUCAACGGAGAGCAAAACGACACUGAGACACUCAUAAAAAAGAAA